GUGUAGGAGGGUGCCUGAGCGGUUACCAGUCACAGCUUGAACCCGUCCGUUGCGGGGCCAGAGAUUGUUGCUGGGUCUUGGUUGACAAAAGUUCCAACCAGCCAUGUCGUCAGCCAACUAUGAAUGUUUACUCCACGGAAUCAUAACUACAGAGGAAGCAAAAGACUCGUUACUUCGACGACUGGUUGGAAUGUGCGGCAAAGAUUCACAACAAGAUUUGUUUGAACAUCAAAUUGGAUUCAGUCCAACCGUUCAAACGGCGGUCGGACCAGCGCGUAAUGAUGAUGUUUUACUUCGACUUCACGCGAAUAUUCGCAACGAGAAGCAAAAAAGCCUGAAGCACCGAGAAUGGUAUUUGGUGCUUCAAGGUCACCCAGAACCACAGAGAGGAAGAACGGUAUCCGUACGGCCAGUCACACAAGCCAAAGUCGGAGGUGACGCCCUUCGAUUCGUUCGCUCAUUGAGUUACACGUUUGCCUUUGAAUUUGCCCGACAAGGCUUUGUAUUUGCCUACCAAGAUAGUGUUAGAAUAUCUGUGACUCAAUUAUACAAGCUAUCCAAACGAUGGGACGUUUCAUCGAUGCAGGCAUUUCAUGAUAACGAGCACCAGUGGUUAGUGGAAUUAACGUCAAUUCCUGUUACGCAAGAACAAGUCAACCAGAUGGCAGAACAGCUGAACAAAAUUCGGACAUUAUUGAGCGGAAUUGUCGAACUGGAGUGCGUGGAUAACCGAGCCUUGCAGAACAAGAUACAUAGAAGUUGAAUUAUUACCCGAGAUUCCUCCAUAUUAAGGAAUUAUCAAAUUUUUCGUGGAUGCGGAGAAGGGCACCGUGCAUGAUCCAGGAUCGAUUCCUCACCCAUCAAAGAGUGUAAAGGAAUAGAGAAGAUAAGCAGCUUGAUUGUAUUAAAUAUGUUUGACAUCCUGCUAUCUUGUCAGCAGCCAUCUGCAAUAAAGCCCCUCAUUUAAGUAACAUGAUUGACAUCCUAAACA